AUGUCCCGUCAACCUUCACCUUCCCAUGAGCAGGAUUCAAGUCAAAAAGCCAUGAUUGCCCAUCAAGACAAUUUAACAGACGCUCUUAAUUCGCUGGGCCUCACUAAAGGUGCCACGAACCUAUCUCCAGAGGCAAAGAGACACCAUGAAAAUGUUGCUCUUUACAUGUUCAUCGGCCUUGUGUCCGCUUUCUUGUUCAUCGCGACGAUCAUCAUCACAGUUGAACUGUACCGGAGUGGACGAUGCGCGAAAAGUUUAAAACGAAAGGGUGAUAAGGGAAGAACUAGGCUUGAAAAUGAAGAUGAUGACGAUGAGGGUGAUUAUUCGGAAAUAGAGAUGAACGACUUAUAGUGAUAAAUGUAUAUGGAUCCAAAGUGGGUUUCCUGCGGAAGGAAGUAAUUCAGGUGUGAUAACGGGAAUGCGAUCGACGUAAUGGGUACGGGGCCGUGCAGUGACCAAUUUGUUGCAAGGUUUUGCAAAGUGGACUGACGGUGAAGGUGUUUAUUCGGAAAUCUAGAUGAUUGACUUGUUGUGACAAAUGUAUAGAACCAGCAUAAGUAUCAGUGCUUUGCUUUACGAUCAGUGCAACGAGUAAGAGUCUCUGUAGCAGGCCAGCUGAAGCUCCUCAAUGCAAUGUUUUGCCCAGUGACCUGGGAGCAAAUAUGAGAUAUAAAAUGUCGAUCUUCAAACCAAAUACUGGUCUGUACACUUUCAGUCUUUUCCUUCUCGUUGCCUUCAUCGUUUUAAUAAGGGCCCCGUUAAACAAAGUAGUGUUUGUACCAAAUCAGCAUCAACAUUUGAAAGCAAAGAUGUCAUCGAUCACAUUGAAAACAGGGAAUGCUUGAAAAGGCCUGUUGUUUGGAAAAAGUGUAUCUUCGAUGGCCUGAUUAGUUCCCGCACAUGCGUAAAGCAAUGCCUUUCAACUAAGGUAGCCAAGGCAAAGAAUCGUAUCAUGAUCCAAACUUAAAACAAAUAUUUUUAAUUCCUAAGUAAACUAAGGCUUCAGGAUGUGAGUAUUACACUCUGGCGCCGAUGUUAGGCAAUACAGGAAAACUAAAGAGGUCUGGGUCAUUUUUGGAGAGCCAAUUUUCUAAAUAUUUUGCUAGCGACGCAAAGCUGACCUGGCAGACAGAUAAAACAAAACGAAUUAGUACGAGUACGUCUGAUACAAAACUGUUUUCAUUGUAGUAUCAGCGUAAGCUAACGAAAGGUCCCCCUUGUCAAAUCAACAAAACGUAGAAAUUAAAUCGUUGUACUGUAAUAGCUUUGCACGUGCCAUAAAUAGAUCACUCUCAGAGAAGAAUAGUCUGGUAGUCUAAUUUUAUUUUUGGAACGAGUCAAACUGGCGGUUCUCAGCAGUUGUUUUCCGGUGAUUGAAUUGAUACGGUGAUCAGAUUAAUUCAAUCAGUUCGAUAUAAACAGCAUUCAGAAUGCAAUAUCCCCUCGUAUUGGUAGUUUCAGUGGGAUUGUAAUAUACAUCUGCGUACUUCCAACAUCAGCCGCCUUGCCUGUGUCGAACGUGCAGGUUCAAGAGAAGGGGUCACUAAGAGUCUGCUGAUAAUCUCUGUUAUAGACUUGUCACAGAUCUAGAGCAUUGAUCAACAACUCUCAAAGAAUGGUUUUUGGCCGACGAUUCAAAUAAAGACAGGACUGCACAGACGUCGAACGUUCUCAACAAGAUAUUGACCAUAAAAACGAUCUAUUUACAUUCAGGAAAUUAUAUUGUUACAUUUUUUAAAGGAGUGCAUGUUUUGAUAUAAUAAACAAUUGUCCGUUUAUGGACAGUGUAGCUCAUCAAGGAUGUUCGUUCCCGUUUUGUUUCAGUUUAAACGUUAACAUUUACUAAUUAUCGAAUAUUUUGCCGGAGAAAAUUAUGGUUAAUUAUGUUUUAUAAUAUGUUUUUUCCUGUUAAUAUCAGAGCCUCUCUAAAUACAGUCGAUAUUUAGUGAUAGCUAUCGAUCUGAGAAAUUAGGGGUGUUGCCUUUUUUUAGAGCCAAAUUCUAUAAUCAAGUUCCUCAAGUGUCUACAAAGAACACUUUCUAUGUCCUUCGUGACUGAAGAGUUAUUAGCUAAUGGCAGAUAAAGCUCUUGCGAAUUAGCAUGCAUAUCUGAUAUCGGUAAUACCUUCCAAGCGGUCAUGAAAUAUCUGGGUGUUGUCGGUGUAGUUGGUUUGCUUAUACGGCGCACAAAAUUUAAGAAAGCUCCAACAAAUCCCCAAAAUUUCAAGGCGAUGUGCUGGCUGCUUAUUGAGCAUAUUCCAAUUGAGUGUUUAAAGAAAUACAAUUGCUGGGUCGAGUAACCCAGUGUGCCAUUCUCUCAACCAAUCAGUUAAGAGGAACUUUCAAUCGAGUUUCAAAAGUUAUGCGAGAUUGCGUUGGUCUUACUUUACAUCACUUUGUGAUUGGAUGAGAGAACUCACGCAUCCUCGCAACCAAUCAAAUGCGAAACUAAAACCAAUUGCGAUUUAAUCGCCGGCGUUUUCCCGCGCUUCAAGCCGUUACUUGCUUUUAUUUUGGCUUAUCGUUGGGAUCUUUUGAUAUGUUUCUUCUUCUGUUUGGGUGUUGUGAUUAUAAUGGUUUUGCUUUACGACACUCAGUCGAAAUGAGCUGUAAACAUAAAGCCAAUCACGACUUGAGUUUGGUUGCUCGCCCUUGUACACAUCAGGUUGGUUUUGAUUUCUAUUUUAUCUCUAUCGGCUCUGAUUGUGGCGUCUUGACCCCAUUCACACCAAAACUUAAAAAUGUUUAAAAGUUGUUUUGUUGAACACAGUUUAAUUUUUUUUUUCUUCGUAGAAACAACUUAACCUAAUGUUUUUCUACUUAAAUUAUAGCAAAUUGGAAAUGCUAGUUAGCAAUUAGUUAAUUCCUAUGGAAAUUAAGUUUUUCCAGUUCUCUCUCUACGAGUUUCAUUCAGUGAAAAUCAGUUUAACAAAACAUGUUUUGCUGGUGUGAAUAUAGGCUAUUGGUUUAAGUUGCUGUUGAAAUUCCUUUUUAUUAUAGUUUUUUUUCACUUUUUUCAAUAAGAUUUCACAAUCGAUACACAUUGUACAUUUUGCCUUAUUAAUUAAUUACAAGGAAAGAUAAACUCAUUUUAAGGGUAUCAUGCAGUUGAAUUCCUAAAAUGCGCUAAGGCCUCGUUUCACUUAGGAAACUUCUAGGUUCCGCAAGCAGUAUCAUUGUUCUCCAAGAAAAUUUUGAUAAAAAGAUCUAAGAAUAUCAAUUUGAUCAGCCUCCAAACUUCAGUGCUGAACAACAACAGUUCAGCUAAUGGGCUUAUCUAUAACUUAACGCACUGUUUUCAUUGUUUGUAUAUGCAUGCACUCUCUUUUCAGUUCCCUCCCGCCUCGAUUAGCUCCGCUAUUUUGCUGGUAGGGAUUGUUAUGAAUAUGUAUUUGAUUGUUUAAAGAAAGUAAAUUUGCUUUCUUUGUUGUACGUUGAACUGAAGAUUCAAAAUUCUUGACAUUGAUCCAUUGAAGAAGCAAUUACACUUGGAAUGAAUUAAUCACGUUUGGCCAUACAUAUGUGUACAUAAGUAUUUUUCCAAUCAAGAAAGAAUCUCAAAUGCAUUAUUGCUGAAGGUUUUCAAAUACCACAAAUUAAAGAAAUGUUCACUUAGAAGAUACCCAAUCGAUUUUCUUUUAAAUAACUCCAAAUGAGCAGUUUGUACUUCCUAUUUUUAGAGAAAAAUUAUGCUUUGAUUGUAGCCAGAGAAACUAAUUGGACGUGAUUUCAAUAACCAAAACUCGCGGAAGUUGACGGUUCAAUGCCUGUUUGACCUAUAACUACUUCAUCUAAAUUUCAGAUUUUUGUCGACAGUCUGCGCUUCCUGUUUCAGCAACUACUGUUUUGGUGCAAAAAGGAUGAGUUCCAAAUAUUCUCUGCCCAAAAUAAGAGAUGAAAAACGGUCUAAAAGGCUCCCACCCUCAAAGUCACGGGCGUUGUGGCAAGCCUCGGGAGCAAGUAUCCAACCGAAGUUUAACAGAUUGCCGUCAGAGUGUUACUCUGAAGAGAUCUUCCAAACUGCCCAGUGUGGUAAACAUGUUUUCAGACAACGAUCAGCGACUAUUUGUUUACCUGGUGCUUCAAGAAUCGGCCAUUCAAUAGAGGCAUUGAAAAACCGCGGCAGAUUUAUCGAAAACCUCAAAUUUCCAUCUCUGCGUCAAAGAGUAAAAUUGGAUAGCUCAGUAGAAAUCGGGGUCGUAGAAGGCUCGAUACCUGUUCAAAGAAGACUAUCGUGCGUCUUACCAGAUGUUUCAGGAAGGAAGGAAGAACCAAACUUUGGAGUAGCUCCUCUAAGACAGCAAGAUGUUGAAAAAUGGAACGAUAACUUUGAUCCAGUGGAAAGCACAUCUCAUAAUUCAGCGAAGUGGCUCAGAGAUCAAACCUGA